GGAUCCCUCUCCCUUUCUCCCUCUUCCCAAUUCGCUUCUGUAUUUCAAAGUCCUCCUAAAUUUCCUGACCUCAUCGUCUUUAUCAUCAUCGUGGGUGAGAGCGACAGAACGCCAUUGACAGAACGAGACGACUCGACCAGAUCUGAGAGGAAAGAGAGGCUUAUUCUUCUUCUUCAACCUUCAACAGUGAGAGCUGGAACAAGAGCCAUUUUCUACUGCAAGAAAAAUGCCAGCCCAAGAGUUACUGAAACGUUUCUUUGAUAUCUGAAGAAAAGAGGUACCUGAGUAAUAUAUCUACUUUUUGAAGAACAAUAGAUUUGACACACUAGGUGUGAGAAUCGUUAUAUAGAAGCAUGAGGUUCCUGAUCUUAAGUUUGCUAAGGUUACCUAUUGGAGUGCUAAUGUUAUUACUGUUAUGUCUUGGAAACAUCGGCAACUCUGUGGCGCAUUUGUCAUCUUCAUCUGAAUCCACAUUGCAUACAAAUAAUUGGGCUGUUUUAGUCUGCACAUCACGAUUCUGGUUUAAUUAUCGACACAUGGCCAAUACACUUUCCUUAUAUAGGACAGUUAAGCGGUUAGGAAUUCCUGACGAGAGGAUAAUACUCAUGCUGGCAGAUGACAUGGCAUGUAAUGCUAGAAACAAAUACCCUGCCCAGGUUUUCAAUAAUGAAAAUCAUAAGCUUAAUUUGUAUGGGGACAAUGUGGAGGUAGAUUAUCGUGGCUAUGAAGUGACAGUGGAAAACUUUUUACGAGUUUUGACGGGUCGUCAUGAGGCUGCUGUUCCAAGGUCUAAGCGUCUUCUAAGUGAAGAAGGGAGUCAUGUACUUUUGUAUAUGACUGGGCAUGGAGGUGAUGAAUUUUUGAAAUUUCAGGACUCUGAAGAGCUCCAGAGUCAUGAUUUAGCUGAUGCUGUGAAGCAAAUGAAAGAGAAGCGUAGGUUUAAGGAGCUAUUGAUAAUGGUGGACACUUGCCAAGCUUCAACUCUCUUCUCACAGCUUCAUUCCCCAGGUGUUUUGGCUAUGGGAAGCAGCAUGAAAGGAGAGAAUUCAUAUUCACAUCACUUAGACCCAGAUGUUGGUGUUUCUGUUGUGGAUCGCUUUACAUAUUAUACUCUAGCCUUCUUUGAGAAGCUAAAUAUGUAUGAUAAUGCCUCCUUGAGCAGCCUUUUCAAUUCAUUUAAUCCAAAUUUGUUGAUGUCAACCGCAUAUCAUAGAAUGGACCUAUAUCAACGUAGUUUGGAGGAGGUACCUGUGACCAACUUCUUUGGUUCUGUAAUGGAAACAUUACAUACUGAUUCAGCAUACAGUUCCCACCGGAGUAUAGACGUUGGAGAAGCCAAAAUUAAAAUUUGCACAGAUCAACCAAUCUCUGGGAGCGACAGAAGAAUUUUGAGAAACAUGAAUAACAAGGAUCAAGAAAAUUCACGGCAUAGCUUUGGACAACUCUGGAAUUCUAUUCUCAGCAAAGCGACCACACCUGAAAACGUUGAUGCAUUUGUGUGCCACUCCCUUCUUUUAAUGCUUCCUUUGUUGGUAGUUUCCACAUGGCUAUCACGCUAAAGGGCUGGAACAACGAUUUUGAAGUUGCUUAUGCAUGCCUUUAAUGUUAUGGUUGCUGGGUAUGCGAUUUUCUAGGAAAAUGCUUAUAACCGAUGGUUUCACACUGGGGUUGAAUUCAGAGGAAGCUGCCUCAUGGUUUCAACCUAUUGGUUUGUCAUUUUUUGUUGCCCUGUUCAUGCUGUGGUGCGACCCUGUUGUUCUGGUUAUGCAUAGUUCAAAUGGUGUUUUUUGUAUCUGUUUUUAAUUGAAAUGGAAUUCAAUGGACAUAUGAUCAGAAGAUUCACUUGAAGCACUUAGAGUUUCAAACUAUUAUUCCCUUGGGCCCCGAUAAGAAGCUAGAACAGCCAUGUUGGUUUUGUCUGUUUUUCAUUGUAAAAUUUGAUAUUCACGGUGGGAGCAGGUAAACUUCUAUGAUCGUACAUUUUCUAGUGAAAAUUUCCUGAUGUGAA